AUGACAAAGGAAGUCUUGGUCAUACUCCCACCUUAUUUGUUGUUUCCGCAUAAGCUCGAAACAACUAAAGUACGCUUCAUCACCGCUCUGCCCAACAACACAUUGACGCAUCUCAAAUUUGUCGGCAAUGCCGACCCCCUCAAGCUCCGGACCAUCCUCGCACACCAGGGCAGCUCUCUCCAGUCCCUGGAAUUCCGCCGUCCGGAACAAGUGCACGAGCCGUUCUUUGCGGACUUUGACACCAGUAUUUUACCCAGCAUGGCGCCCAAUCUAAGCCAUUUGGCCGUCAACGUCCCGCGAAACGGCACAUGGCCGCUAGAAACGCUGCGAAUCAUUGCUUCCCUACCACAUCUCGAAUCCGCGGACAUAUACAUGAACAUGGCAUCUGAAUGCCAGCAGCAACGUGACCCGUCCAUGAUCGACUCGCACGAUUGUGAGGGCGAAGAGCGGUUCCAAAACCCUUUUGUGGACAAGGAAGGCGCGGAGGGAAUGUUCGCGUACAUGAGGCGGAAAAAGCAAGUUUUGUCAUUGUCAAACGUGACGUUCUGGGUGGGAGAUUGGACGCGGAAGGAUGACGGGCCGUUGCAUUCCCCGGAGUGGUUGGAGGGAAAGCGCGCGAAGGUUGUGUGUACCGCGGACGGAGAUGGAGAAAGAGAUGAGGGGUGGUGUGUUGUUGAAGCAGGAGAGAAUUAUUGGAGCAAUGAGAGGUACUUGUGA